AUGGACGAUGUUGACGAGCUUGAUCUCGAUGAUGACUUCUUCUCACCAGCACAGCCAUUGGCAGGCUUUCCAUGGAACUUGAAUAGCACCACAAAGACAUCCUCUGCUGGCGGUCCUUCUAUUGCACCUGCCAAGCUGCAAGACACCCCAUCAGCAGCAGUGAGCAAGGGCAGCAACGCCUCUCAUCGAGCACCGCUGAAGCCGCUAGCGACACUGUUACAGGUCCCUGACUUCCCGCGCAGCGCAAGAACUUUGACGCCGCCCACGCACCCGCCUUACAGCGGAGCAGCACAGAGGACUGAGGCCAGCCCAGCAGUCGCCCAAAGUGGAGCUCACAGGGUCACAAAGCGACCGGCAGAAGGGCACAGCCUGUUCUCAUCAAAAAGGAUCGAGAUUGACCGGAGACAGAACACUGCAGCGUCCCUCAGAAGCGAUGCUCAGCAGCAGAGGCAGACCCUCCAGACAGUACUGCUGAGCAAAGAGAAGGCAGGCAAGGCUGGCAGCUUGGUAGUCAUGCUCGAGUCUUUCUCGCUCACUGGCUGUGGCGAUGCCUUUGCCAAGGUCAAGGAUCCGACCACACCCUCCAUGGGUGCUGGCAUAGACCGAAAGGUUCUACAGUCAUUUCGUCUGGACCCUGGCACUGUCCUCGUGCUGAAGCAGGUAUCAUACCUGAAGAUGAGCAAUGUGCCCUACCUGUGCGUGACUCCCCCAAACGUGCUGAGGGUGAGUCUCAAUAACCUGUCCUAG